GGUAGAGGUACCUCUACCUACCUAUCAGUGUUUUUCAAUCCCGAAGCCACGCUGAAAAAAUUUUUCUUCAUCAGAUAACAACCAUAUUGAGUUAAUUAUCGAGCGCAAGACGUUGAGAUUAUUUUAUUUUCGUAUUCGUACUCGAACACACACUAGUAAACGCGUUUCUUGAUCAUGAUUAUGCGAUACUUCAUCUUCUGCAGUAUAUUUUUAUUCAUCGAUUUGAGCGACACAAGACCAGCACCGUUCAGGAUACCAAUACGUUUCGGGUCCGGGUUCGGGUUCGGGAGACCGAUGCCACCAGUGAAUCCGCCACCAGUAGCGAGGGCACCAGUAGGAGCAGGGAAGGCACCAGCAGGAGCAGGGAAGAAGGCACCAGGAAUGAAGCAGCCAGGCAAAGGAAAAAUAGCCAUACCUCGAACAAUGCCAUACAUAUUGCGUCAGUUUCCACCACCAAUGCGCACUCCUCCAAUACGUAUAAAUACAGGAAGAGAAGUAGGUGGAGCUGUAAGAACUCCACUACCAAUGCGCACUCCUCCAAUACGUAUAAAUACAGGAAGAGAAGUAGGUGGAGCUGUACGAAAUGCACUACCAAUGCGCACUCCUCCAGUACGUAUAAAUACAGGAAGAGAAGUAAGUGCAGCUGCAGGAACUCCACCGCCAAUGCGCACUCCUCCAGUACGUACAAAUACAGGAAGAGAAAUCGGUGCAGGUGUAGGAGCGCUACCAACAUUAGGCGCGGCAGCAAAAUACAAAGCACCAGGCGCCAAAGCUUUAGGUGCUGCACUAGCAACGCCCAGGCCAAUAUUACGUCCGGCACCAAAAUACAAAGCACCAGACCCCAAAGCUUUAGGUGCUGCACUAGCAACGCCCACGCCAAUAUUACGUCCGGCACCAAAAUACGAAGCACCAGACCCCAAAGCUGUAGGUGCUGCACUAGCAACGCCCACGCCAAUAUUACGUCCGGCACCAAAAUACAAAGCACCAGACCCCAAAGCUUUAGGUGCUGCACUAGCAACGCCCACGCCAAUAUUACGUCCGGCACCAAAAUACGAAGCACCAGACCCCAAAGCUGUAGGUGCUGCACUAGCAACGCCCACGCCAAUAUUACGUCCGGCACCAAAAUGCAAAGCACCAGGCCCCACACUACCACCUAUGCGAUCACACGAACACCCCCUAUGGGAUAUACUUAUACGCAAAUUUGGGGGCGGAGAUGAUUCGAGUGAGUAAUUUUAAAUGUAAGAAUAAGUAUCAUUAAGUAUAUGUAUGUAUGUAAAUAUGCGAUGUUUUCCUAUUCAGUAUUCAAUAUAAUUUGUACUUGAAACGAC